ACAGAAAUGACACCAACUGAUCUUUAAGAAGAGAAAUAGAAACUUACAGAGGUUUAUCGAUGAGCAGAAACAGGAAAACCAAGGAUGUGACUCGCCGCCUGGGGUGGUCAGACCUCAGGGCUCCCUGAGCUGGGAGCACAGGCUCUGUUUACAAAGAGAAACACCCUAAGGAGGAAACCACAUUUAGAAAUCAAGGAAGCAGACCUCGGUGUGAGCUACUGGGGGCUCAUGGGACUGUAAAGAGUUUAAGAAUAACGUGUGUGUUUGAAAGAGGUAAACACACAAGAGGAAGUCAUGUGUUGAGUAUAAACACCCGGCAGGUAUAUAGAGGCUCCUGGCCCAGGAGGCCCCACACUGAGCACCUUCUCUCUCUCCACCUGCUCCUCUGACCUACUCCACCCUCAACCCACCAGAACCAUGGGCUGCUCUGGCUGUUCCGGAGGCUGCGGCUCCAGCUGCUGUGUGCCCGUCUGCUGCUGCAAGCCCGUGUGCUGCUGUGUGCCAGCCUGCUCCUGCUCCAGCUGUGGCAAAGGGGGCUGCGGCUCGUGUGGGGGCUCCAAGGGGGGCUGUGGCUCCUGUGGGGGCUCCAAGGGGGGCUGCGGCUCGUGUGGGGGCUCCAAGGGGGGCUGCGGCUCGUGUGGGGGCUCCAAGGGGGGCUGCGGCUCGUGUGGGGGCUCCAAGGGGGGCUGUGGCUCCUGUGGGGGCUCCAAGGGGGGCUGCGGCUCGUGUGGGGGCUCCAAGGGGGGCUGCGGCUCGUGUGGGGGCUCCAAGGGGGGCUGCGGCUCGUGUGGGGGCUCCAAGGGGGGCUGUGGCUCAUGUGGCUGCUCCCAGUCCAGCUGCUGCAAACCUUGCUGCUCCCAGUCCAGCUGCUGUGUCCCCGUUUGCUGCUCCCAGUCCAGCUGUUGCAGACCCUGCUGCUCCCAGUGCAGCUGCUGUGUCCCCAUUUGCUGCUCCCAGUCCAGCUGUUGCAGACCCUGCUGCUCCCAGUCCAGCUGCUGUGUCCCUGUUUGCUGCCAGUGUAAGAUCUGA